AUGGAUAUCAACCACCCCUCUCUAGACGCCCUCAUCCUCAGAUUACCCGAUGAGAUUUUGGAUAUGAUCAUUAGUGCAACAACGGCAAUUCUCGAUGAACACAGGUAUUUGAUCGACCGUUACCAAGCCUACGAGAUGGCCGUUGUUCUCUCUCUUGUGUGCAAACGAUUUUAUCGCAUUACUAUGCCAUACUUGUAUGCAGAGGUAGUGAUCUACACCGACAAAAACAAUUGGAGACGGCCCUCGCAAAUCUCCAAGCACCUUCAUCGCACCUUAAGAGAAAAUCCAUUGCUUUGGAAACACUGCCGACACCUCACAGUGAGCUAUAACAAAAACAUCGAUAAUCUCUAUAUUGCAACGGAUUGUGUCACUUGGCUCACUGCCGUCAAAACUUUGACCUUCUGGGGGUUGGAGGGCAAGAAGGCAUGGGAGCUACUCCGAUUAGCUACCAAACACAUGUCUGGUUGCAAUGCUCUCUCACUGGACUCCGACCACUGCUAUAACCUCCACCUACCAUUCGUGAUAGAUGUAUUGGGUGAUUUCAAGUCUGGAUUGCUUCCUAAUCUUGAAACCCUAAGACUGUCGGGCGUUUCCAUUUACGGGGACCAGAUGUGCCAGGCAGAACUUAGGGAAAAAGCAGGAACGGCCCCAUUUACGAAACUUCAACUACGCAGUUUUCUCCUAAGCCCGAAAUCCCUCGAAGCACUCGUCCGUUGGCCAAGACACCUAGAGGAAUUUGAGCUGCGAUAUUUAUGUGGGGAUGAGGCAGCUCCCUCGGGGCUCUAUAGUGAUUGGAGCCUGGCAACAUUACAACCAAUCCUUUACAUUCACCGAAAAACCCUUCGGUCGAUCAAAUUAUACCGCUUUAACAGGGGUGGGCUUGAGGGCUUUGACUUGCGCGAGUUCGAAAACCUAGAGCAACUUAGCCUUUCGUACGAAUUUUCAGAUCCCCAACGCUCCCCAAGGAACGAGGCUUUCGAGCCCCCUGACAGUCUUCUUGCCCCGCGCCUUCGUGUCUUCCACUGGAAUUUGACUUCCCUGGAUUCACAAUGCGCUGAGAGGCUGGGUGACUUUGCCAAAGCAGAAGAAGAUUGGCUACGACUACUCGCACGCAAGGCAUUUAAACGCGGAUGUCCUCUUCAAAGAAUCGAAAUCACGUUUACCCCCGGAACUGACUGCUUCGGCACUGGGGAUGAGGUAUAUCCGUGGGACCGAAUGGAUGCUAUAGGGGCUGAUCUACGUCCACACGGCGUUGAAGUGUCUUAUAGCACUCCUCCUGUAAGUAGGGAACGGUUUGCGAUCAACCGUAAACAAGUUGCUGAAGACAAUCUAAGAAUGGCUGCCGAAGGGGAAUGA